CUUUGAAACUUUAUUUUCUCUCAAAUGUUAUUUAAUUUUUAUAAGAGGAUUGUAAUAUUUUAUUUUCUAUUCACAAACUUAUAAUUUCUGAUAUGUUUCCUCUUCCAAUACGGUAUUUUUUAGGAAUUUUUGCUCUUUGGCCUGGCAAUAAUAAUAAUUUUCUUUUUUAUUUUUUUACAUUAUUGAGCAUCAUAAGUCUCACUUCUCAAUUUUGGCAUGUCACUAUUGUUUACGACAAUUUAGAAUUACUUUCAAUGAAUAUAAGUAAUAUUGUUAUGAUUUUAACUUCAUUUUUAAAAAUUGCAAUUCUAUGGAAAAAACGAAGAUAUGUGAAGGAUGUUUUAAUCGAAAUGAUAGAUGAUUUGUGUCAAAUAAAAAAACAUGAGGAAUUAAUAGUUAUGAAAAAUCAUGUGAAAUUUUCUCGUACAUUUUCUAUAAAUGCAUUUAUUAUUUAUAAUUUUACAAUUAUAAUGUUUAUUUUUACACCUCUUCAAACAUAUUAUUUUGGCAAAAGUGUCGAAAAUCGAUUUUUUCCAUUAUUGGCAAAAUUUCCUUUUUCUUAUAAAUUUUCACCAGUUUAUGAAAUUAUAUAUUUUCUUCAAGCAAUUUUUCUCCUUCUAGUUGCUAGUAUUUAUAGUAUCUCAGACUCAUCUUAUGCUGCUAUGGUGUUACAUGCCGCGACUAAACUUGAAAUUAUAAGAUUUGAAUUGGAUAAUUUUUUCAAUAAGGCCUUAAAGUCAGAGAAAAAAUUGUCUAUAAAAGUUUUAAUUGAAAAACAUUAUAAAGCAAUACAAUUUGCAAAGAGAGUUGACGAUAUUUUUUCUGGCCAAUUAUUUUUGUAUUUUAUAUUAUUAACUCUACAAUUCUGCUUUAAUGGAUUUAUUUAUUUAACAACACUGUCUGAUAAUAAGAGUAUCAAUAUGCUAUUAAAAGAUACAUUUGUAUCAAUGUCUGCGCUUGUUGAACUUGGCAUUUAUUGUCUUUUAGGGGAAUAUCUUCUAUCUAAGUGUUUUUUGAUUGCUGAAUGUGCGUAUUUUAUUCCUUGGUAUGAACUACAAUGCAGUGACGCAAAAAUUAUCAUGAUGUUUAUUAAAAGAGCUCAAAAACCACUGACUAUUACUGCCGGAAAAUUUAUUACUGUUUCACAUUUUACUUUUGUUAAUGUUCUUAAAACAUCGUUAUCAUACCUCUCAGUUCUACGAGCAGCGAGAAAUUGAAGAAAAUUGUUACACAUAAUAAUAGAAAUUAUAUAUGUAUUAAAUAAAUUAUUCACCAAUAAGUAUAUAACACAUAAGAUAAGUCUUAAGAAAAACAUUUCUGAUAAAAAAAAAAUUUUUUUAAUGAAAUAUAAAAACAGUUUUCACAAUAAUAUGAAAUUCUAAAAUUUUUAUGUAUUCGCAAGAAUUGGGGAAC